UAGCGAAGGAGAGAAAGGUAUCUAUCGUUUCAUGGACGCUUUGAAGAGAACUCCCGGCUGACGCGAGUGUCUUGGUAUGACGGAGGUCUUCGUCCAGCAGGACCCAAGGAACGGAGGGUCUUACAUGUCAUCGCCAGACAUCGAUUGAACCUGAACCUCGACCGCCAAACUCGACCCGAGCAGCUUCAAGGAUUCAUGACAACAGUACCUUUGACCUACAUGUACACCUCGUGUGCUUGCAAUGGUGUAACAUACUCCAAGUGACAUGAGAGGCACAUAGCACGUUCGCCAUAUCCAACAUCAGCACCACAAAGACAUGCGCGACAAGUCAAGAUCCACGCACCGCAAACAUGUUCUACGACCUUAACAUCCCCUGGUCCGCGAAUGACUCCAACCUCAACCGAACCCUCACCUUCCUCCACGAACUAGGCUACACCACCAUCGCCCUCAACCACACCCUAAGCGGCAAACUACCCUCCGACCUCACCUGUCCAAUCCUCACCACACUCCCCAACCUCCCAUCCGACCUCACCCUCCUCCGCCGCUGCACCCUCACUCUAACCGACUCCCACUCCAACGCGCGCCUCGCCCAACUCGCCCAAAACUACGACCUGCUAGCCGUGCGCCCAAUCGACGAAAAAACCCUCCAACAAGCCUGCACCGCGCUCGAAAGCGUAGACCUCAUUUCCCUCGACCUAACCGUCCGCCUACCCUUCUGGUUCAAGCACAAGCUCCUCCACGAAGCGGUGAAAGCAGGCAAGAGGUUCGAAAUCAGCUAUGCGUCCGCUCUGCACGGUGAUGCGAACGCGAGGCGCAAUUUGAUUUCCAAUGCUGCGCAGCUUAUUCGGGCUAGUAGGGGACGCGGCGUGGUGAUUAGUUCUGAGGCGAAGACGGCUGUUGCUGCUAGGGGCCCGUGGGAUGUGGUGAAUCUUGCUGCUGUGUGGGGUUUGGGGCAGGAGAGGGGAUUCGAGGCGGUGAGUGGGGAGUGCAGGAGCUUGAUUGUUGGGGCGCGGUUGAAGAGGAGUAGUUAUCGGGGGGUGGUGGAUGUGGUUUAUGGAGGGGAGAAGGCGGAAGUGAAGAAGAAAGAGAAAGAGAAAGAGGCGGAUGCAGUCAAUGACAAGGCGAAGAAGAGGAAGGCGGAGGUGUUGGAUGCCAGCAAUGCGCCUGUUGUUAGCAAGCGCCAGAUGAAGCGGCAGCAGCAUGCGGCGCGUGAGGCUGCGAAACUGGAGAAUGCCUCUGGCGGUGCAGAGAAUGGAGAGAAGACAGAAACGAUACCCAAAGCUUAGGCAAAAUCCACGAGAGAAAGUCAUAACGUCGUAUUGCGGGCCAUACCAAGGCAAUCCGUCUAUCCUAUAAGAGUCUAUCCAACGUCAAACUUGCUCGUCCCAUCCGUCCACCUCAAGCUCAUCAUCGUCGUACUCCUGCUCCUCCAACUCAUGCUCCACCUCCGCCACCUCCACCACCUUCUCCCUCCUCUUCAUCUCCACGGCAGCCUCCUUCUCCGGCACCCUCGCGACCAUCUCCAAAUUCGCCUCCAACAUCUCCGCCGCACUUGCAAUCCACGCCGCCUUGCGCGCACUGACAGCCAGCGUCCACCGAAACUCCCUCAGCCGCCACGAGUAAAACUCCGCCUCCUCCUUCCCGGGCGCAGUAGCCAUCAACAGCGCGCCAAAAGUGCCGAUAAGCGCGAAAUUGGCC